AAGAGUUAAUAUAUAAGAGUUAUCUGUAUUCUGUUAUAUCAAACUGUAACUGUCAUUUAAUUAGCUAUUUUAACUUUGAGAGUCGCGCGUGUUUGUAAUGCAACCGUAAAAUAAACAAAACUUUAUUGAAAAAUUAAAAAAAACGCGUAUGGUACUAAAGUAAAGAUAAAAAUGUUUCUUUAUAUUGUAUUGGCUUUUAUAUUACUUGUGUGUAUUUUUAUAAUCGUCUUGCAUCAAUUUUUUGAGAAGAAAACUGUUUAUAAAGAUCUUAAAAAUAAACACGUUGUUAUUACUGGUGGAUCGAGUGGUAUCGGAAAGGCAAUAGCCUCCGAGGCGGCAAAAUUAGGUGCACACGUAACAAUAAUAGGUCGGGAUAUCCCAAAACUUAUUUUGUCCGUGGGCGAUAUCACUGCACAUUGCAAACCCUAUAGCGGCCAGAAAAUCCAGUACGCGUCGCUAGAUGUUACGACCGAUUUCGAUUCAAUAGAGAAAUGCCUUUCCAAAUUGGAAGCUGACGUGGGCCCAAUAUUUAUGUUAAUAAAUUGCGCUGGAAUGUGCAUUUGUGGGCAGUUUGACAAAAUGAAGGUGGAAGCUAUAAAACAAAUGAUAGAUUUAAAUUAUUUCGGCACCGCAUACCCCACAAGAUACAUCUUGCCAAAAAUGAAGGAACGCAAUGAGGGUGUGAUUGUAUUUGUUUCUACAGAAGCUGCUUUACUUGGUAUUUAUGGUUAUAGCGCUUAUGGUGCUGCUAAAUGGGCAGUGCGUGGUUUAGCUGAAUCAGUAUUUAUGGAAUUGGUUGGAACCAAUGUCAGUCUCACACUGGCCUUCCCACCAGAUACUGAUACCCCAGGUUUUAAAAAUGAAGAGUUGACCAAACCUAAAGAGACCAAACUAAUUUCUGGAUCAGGAGGUCUACAUACAGCAGAAGAAGUCGGCAGAAAAUUGCUCAGAGAUGCAUUGAAAGGAAAAACUUACUCCGUGUUUGGAUUCAGUGGGCAUCUACUGUCGAUUCUAUACUGUGGAACUAUAGACAGCGCUACGCAGGUCCUUCUUCAAAUACUAUCGUUAGGAUUCAUCCGUGCAAUCAUGGUUGCAAUACAAUUAUCGUUCCACAAAAUUGUGAGGGAAGGCUUGGAAGAAAAAGUGAAUGACUACAGCAAUAAAGAAAAGACUCAAGACAGCAUAUCGCAACCAAGUUCAGAAUCACUAACAAUGAUGCUAAAGGUACUCUUACUCGCGUGUGUAGCAGUAGCUGUCCAGGCGGGGGGCCUGAUCGCACCCGCCAGCUAUUAUGGAUCUUACGGCUAUGGCGGCUGGAACCCGUACAGCUCGUACCCCGCACAACCAGCUAUUGCAUCGCAACAUUCCAAUAUCCUGCGAUCCCCGUUUAACUUGGGACAGGUAUCCACAUACUCAAAAGCCAUUGACACUCCAUUUUCGAGCGUGCGCAAAGCAGAUAUACGCGUGAGCAACCCAGGAUUGGCUGUUGCGCCCGCAUACCACGGACUCGCUGCUCCUCUGGUAUCCCACGUAGCCGCGCCGCUAGCAGCCCCAAGGGUAGCAACUGGUCUCUUGGGUGUGGCAUAUUCUGCUGCCCCUGCAGUAUCGCACAUGACCUACACAAAUGGACUCGGCCUCGCGUACGCGUGGUAGAUGUUACCAGUGAUUUUUCAGUAUUGAUAAAAUA